GUCUCGCACACAUAUCUUAAGGACUGUGAAUACAAAAUCUAAUUAACCCGAAACAGAUCCUUCAUAUUGCUUGAAAUCUCCUGUUCAUUCCAAACUGUUAUUGGUAGUAGAUUUUGGUGCUCUGGAUAAUACAAUUUUAUUAUUUUAUUAUUUUAAUUCUUUAAAUUUUAAUAUUAAUUUAUUUAUUCGAGAGUUUUAAAUUUUAACUUCCUCUUCUCCCAAAUCAUAAACCCUAACUGAAUUCAAGUCCCUCAAUUUCCUCAAUAAUUUCAACUCCCUCUUGUUCCACUUUGAAUUCUGCGCCCGUUUCCGAUGCCUCCAUCUCACUGAGAAUCUUCAGAGUCGUUUUCUAGCACAAUGGUGUACUGCGGUCACUGUGCCAAAAACGUCGCCGGCGAGCGAAUCGAUGACGGUUACUUAUGUUGUGGAAGCUGUGGGAGGGUGUUGGAAGAUUUCUAUUUUGCUGAGGAGCCCUCCUUUGUUAAGAAUGCCGCAGGACAGAGUAAAUUAGCGGGCAAUUAUGUAAGAACAGUUCAACAUGAGUUCUCUGCUGCACGUCAAAGGACUUUAGAUAGAGCUUAUGAUGAAAUGAAAUAUAUAAGUUUUGGCCUUGGAGUGAAUGACGAAAGUAUGGCCGACCAAGCUUUGACUUUUUAUAAAAUAGCGCUUGACCGAAAUUUCACCCGUGGACGUAAAUCAGAGCAAGUACAGGCUGCUUGUCUCUAUAUUGCAUUCCGGCACAACAAUAAGCCAUACCUUCUUAUUGAUUUUUCAAAUUAUUUAAGGACAAACGUUUACGUGCUAGGAGCAGUUUUCUUACAGCUUUGUGAAGUGUUAAGGCUUGGGGAGCACCCAAUUGUUCAAAAGCCUAUUGAUCCUAGUCUUUUUAUUCAUAAAUAUACUAAUAAUUUGAUAAAGCAUGGAGGGAGUAAGCUUGUCUCUGAUACUGCACUGAGCAUUGUUGCAAGCAUGAAGCGUGACUGGAUGCAGACCGGGAGGAAACCCAGUGGAUUAUGUGGUGCAGCACUAUACAUAUCUGCUCUUGCUCAUGGUUUUAAGUGCUCUAAGCCAGAUAUUCUUAGAAUUGUUCAUGUAUGUGAAGCAACAUUGACCAAACGAUUGGUAGAAUUUGAGAAUACCGAGUCUUCUAGCCUGACAAUUGAUGAGUUGAAUACGAUGGCAAAAGAGCAUGAAAAAAAUCCAAUUGUAAUGCCAAAUGGUGAAUUCAGAGACUGUACUUCAAAAGAUCUACUGUGUGAGCACAAGGAUAAUGGAGUGCCUUAUUUUGCUCUUGGAUUAUGUGAAGCAUGCUAUAAGGAUUUUGAUAAGCUCUCUGGAGGACUUGGUGGUGGUUUGGACCCUCCUGCAUUCCAGCGUGCUGAGAGGGAAAGAAUGAAAAAAACAUCCGAGGAAAUUGUCAAUGAAACAUGUGAUUCGGAAGCAUCAAAUGGCCUGUUUGAAAGACACAGAGAAGAUUUGCCUGCUGAUGUGCCAGAAUGUAUUGGGGCUGAUGUUGAGCACAGGGCCACUAAAGAUGGUGAAUAUGAUGAGUCGUAUAAUGAAGAAGAAUCAGAAAAUUUCUCUGAUAUCGAUGAUCAAGAGGUUGAUGGGUAUCUUCACAAUGAGGAGGAGAAGCAUUUCAAGAAGAUAAUAUGGGAAAAAGUAAACCGAGAGUAUCUAGAGGAGCAAGCAGCCAAGGAAGCUGCAGCUGCAGCUGCUAAGAAAGCUUUUGAGGCAAAUUUUGAAAAUUGUUCGGAGGAUUUACUAGCAGCUAGAGAGCUUGCGGCAUCCGCAGCUGCAGCUGUGGCAAAAUCCAGAAAGGAAAUGAAACAGAGACGUGCUCAUGAGGCAAAAAAUUCAGGGCCUGCUCAAUCUGCUGCAGAGGCCACUCUCCAAAUGUUGAGAACAAAGAGGCUCAGCUCCAAAGUCAAUUAUGAUCGCCUGGGUGAAUUAUUUAAUGAACCGGCAGAUGUGAAUAAUUUCAAGAAACCGAAGAAAGUACAAUUUGAUCUACCCCUUGGUGAUACCAAUUUACAGUCCAAGGUUGAGGACAAAAAUGAUGAUGAGAAGGGAUUAGUGGAUGAAUUUGAAGAUGAAGGUGAAGGUGAUAUGGGGGAGAUGUAUGAAAAUGCGUGGAAUACUGAAAAUAUGAAUGGAAACUAUUUCCCUGAGGAUCAUGGUUACAAUUAUAAUGAUGAUGAUUACUGAUAAGUUGCUAGUUGCUCUUUCUGCUUCAAUUAUCUGAUUUUGCAAUCCAUAUUCAACACCACUGGCAUCAGGGUAACCAGAGAUUGUCAGAUUCAGAAAUCUUUGGAUGCCCAGAUGCGAACAUUUAAACAGUUAAAAUUGAGUAUUUUUCCUAGGUCGUGCGUCUAAAAUAUUUCUGACGCAAUUCUUCCUAAUCAAGUAUUACUUUACAGUU